AAGGAGGAAGACAGUUGGGGAGUAGGGGAGGUGUUUUUGCUGACAGCCAUUUUGUGGCUUCUGCUGCAGUUAAAAUGGUUUAACAUUCAUCUGCUUCUGCGGGGUAGUUAGGUGAGGAUGGUUUUAGUGCUACCUGGCAUAUGGCUCAUCCAGGGGAUGUGUGCGUGCAGGACGGCAUGAGGCUGCUUUAAGACCACCAUUUUCAAUUAUGCCUGUCCCGCACAUGGUAUUUUAUGAUUGUCCUUCUAGCUGCCCUGUUGCUGAACAAAUGCUUGUGCCAUCCACGUUUAAAUUGGGACGAGAAAGGGCUUUAUUAUGCACUCCAUAUCCAAAUAGAGUCUAAUCGUGUUAGGCGAUGUUAGAGGACCGGUAGACAUCCAGCUUGGAAGCUCACACUUGUGUCCACUGGGUUAGUAAAUACUUGAAGGCUCGGCCCGGUACUUUUGAUGCGCGUCCUACCAGACUGGAUCCUUCCAGAAACGUCGGUUUAUACGAGUGCCCUUCACUAGAGAGCUGAUAUAAAAAGAGAAAAGGAGAUAAAUAGAAAUGGCAGCCCGAUAAUGUUCAUCGUAGAUACUCAUCUACGGCCAGCGAUGUCCUUGCGUCUUCUACGUUUUCAUAUCAGAAAAAAAAGGGGGAGAGAAAAAAAAGAAUUUUCACUUUGUGCAAUCACACAGGCGUUGGGUGUGCAUGUGGAUGUGUGAGCGUGCGUGCGCGUGCAUCUGUCCGCUUGUGUGUUUGAGCUAUUUGUGAGUCCACCUCAGGCACUGGGCUGCUGGGUAUGCAGCCUUAAAAGGUUGUGUUUCUGCUGCCAUCUCUCUCUCUCUCUCUCUCUCUCUCCCCCUCUGUGUGUUUCUCACUCAGACUCUUCCUACUUCAGUUUUGUCUGCGUGCGUCCGUAUCAUUCACCAUCUCCAUCUGCGCUCCAUUAUCGAUGCUUUAUCACAAUUGCUGGUGAAGGUACGAGGCAAAAAUGUUGGGAGGCCUGUCUCGUUCGCAGCCUUUCACAUGCGGUGCAGGGAAUGACCUUAUGCUAUUUGAGAGGGAAGCUGGUUAGCGCUGGCAGUUUUGAGAACAUAAUAAAGCUAUUUAUGCAGUGAGUCUGGCCUCUCACAAUCACCCUGCUGUCUGAGGCUGGUCGAGGUGCGUGCGUGUCUAUCAGUGUGUUUGUGUGUAUAAGAGAGAGAGGGAGAGUGGAUCGAGGAGACAGCAAGGCUCAGGCUAAGUAAGUGAGGGAGGCCCGAGGAGGGGUCAGUCUUACAUAAACUCUCAGCCUGUCUGCCAGUAACAGAACUAACACUGCUUAUAGGGCACCGAGCAGGGAGGGAGGGAGGAAUAGUCAUGACCCAGCUAAGUAGUUUAUGCAGUAAUGGUCCAGAAUGAAGACCGGACUAAUGCAUGGUGCCAUUUCACUGACAUACUGGGCGAUAGUCGUGAAGGGGUACUAAGUCUUAAAGUGGAUCUAAAGUGGAUCCUUUUAAUGUGUGUACAUGUGUGCGUGUGUGAUGUUGUGGUUGGCAGCUGUCUCUUUUUCCUGUCAUUGUCCUAAGUCACAUGACGGCCAGGGUGGCUUUUACACAUGCCGUUGGGGCGAGUCACCAAGCUGACAUUGGACCGGGAGGCUCCUGAAGGACCAAACAGGGUCAUGUGGGCACUGUAAGAUCUUUUGGUUGUCCCUGCCAAACUUUGAAAGCUUACAACUUAUCAAAAGGCUGUGGUGUUGGUUUUGAGCAUUUGGAAGGAUUUCCUAACUUCCAGGCAGCCAGUGGUUUUUAUUCAUUUUAGUGGGGUAUGAAAACCACUCCUGAUGCAGUAGGUAAUCCAUCACACUGAACGUUUUUCCUCCUUUAUUUAUGUAUCAGCGUUACUGAUUGAUGUAACUCUUGCCGUUUGUGUGGUUAUGCAGCGAACAGCGUCUGUUUUAACGACUUGUUUUAGUGUAAGAGUUGAACUGAGGAAGCGAUGAUGUCUGAGAUUUGAGACGGCCAAAAGGCUUUGCGCUAAAAAGUCUGCGAAUCAUACUCAAAUGAAAAUAACAUUGUGAAAAGGAUAAUGGUGAUUUGGUAUGUUCUUCCAUGAAGCAGGCUGUCUUUGGACUAGGAGUUGUGCGCUUUUUUUAAAUUUUUUUUUUAUUAAAUGCAACAACAAGGAACAAUUCCCAGAAACAUACUUCCUCAGAAAUGAACCAUGACAAAAUAACAAUAUGCACAAAGACUCAAGCCAGCUCAUUUUCAUAUUGCAGUGUACAAGAUAUUUAGGAUUAAGCAGAUUAAGUGGAGUUUGCAAGCUUAAACAUGCAAAAACCAGGUUUUUUUGAUACCCAACCACCAUUGAGCUACCAGGACCUACAGUACGUCAAUAACCUUGCGUGGUUUCAAAUUUGCAAACUCGGGGGCUAAAGAGAGGCUUUGCAGAAACAAGUAUUUUCAUUUAAUGAAGGACAUGCAGAAGAAAAAAAAAAAAAAACAUCCAGUAGCUGACUUUGACCUCAGGGCUGGACACCGUUUCCGUGCAGUUUUAUUCUGACAAGUUUGUUGAAAUGCCACUGUGGAUUAUGAUUAUUCAAUCACACUGGAAGCAUGUGCUGUUAGGGCUGUUGGGUAUUAUGAUAGGGAUCAGCUAUUUGUACUGUGGCGUGGGCUGGUACAAGCGUGCGCACUGUAAAAACUCAUACCGAUAAUGUAAAAUGCAUGCCGCAACCACGUCAGAGCAGGCGCGUGGGUAAUUCUCAGCGCUCUGUCAGAUCUCUGUAUGUCUGCAGCGAGCGGUGAGCUUCUUCUUGAGUCAUGUCUGCAGGUAGUGGUCUAGUCUGGGUUCACAUCAGUGUAAAUGGUGUCAGGCUAAGCUCAGUGUGUGAGAGAGCAUUCCCCACUUCCAGCUCAGUCAUGCCUCAUGUCAUAUUGACUGAUGGGAUUCCCUGGAGCUGUACUGAGAAGUGUAGUCCAGUGUUUGUUUUGGUUUCUUUCUGUUUAUGCGCCUGUGUGUAAGUUGGCUUGCGUUAGUGCACAUGUGUGUGUGUAUGUUGGUGCGAGUUUGUAAUGUAUAUCUGCGUUUGCACGUGCAAUGAUGCAGAGCAGAAAACCUGAAUCCCCUGCGAUACGGCGACCACAGCCUUUUCUCUAGAGAGCAGAAAUAGCAGCAGGGGUGCAGAAGUGUAUACUGUGACAGCAACAUUGUCAUUUGGAUGUGUUUUUAUGGGUUUAUCUGUGCAUGUGUGUAGCAAUUUUGCUGCAUGCGUGUGUAAAACAGUUCAGACGCUGUUUUUUUCCAGACCAGCUCGUAAACCACAUCUGGGGAAAGAAUUUAGAUUCCUUCCCUCCUUCUUUCUCCUGCCUUUCCUUUUCCCCCUGUGAGAUUCCCUCCCGCCUUCUCUGCUUUGGCUGAAAGAAAAAAAAAAAAAAAAAGAAAAAAAAAAAAAAACAAGUCAGCUUCGUUCAUUUUUUCUGUCUUGUGUCCUCAGGCUAACUUCUGCCUGGUUUUAGAACAGAGUAGAGGAAUGUCUUAUUUUGCACUGAUCACUUGAACGUCUUUGUGGCUCUGGUUCAGAUCAGUUGUGGGGGGAUUUGAGUUACGGGAGGGAGAGAGGAUUUAGCAAAGAAGAAAGCAGGAGGAGAGGCAAGUGGUGUCAAAAAUUAGUUUGUUUAUGCAAGAAACGAAAUGCAAAUGAGAGUCUGGCAGCAUGCCUCUGCAGCACUGUGAUGAGCCUGUGUGUUUGUGUUCAUACUUAACAGGCAGGCAGUCAUGUUGAUGACAGCGGGCAGGCCGUGCUGAGAGGAGGCAGUGGAAUGGAAGUCAUGGGGAUGACAGGACAGGUUUUAUUUGGCCGUUUUUUUCCUAAUCAUGUCAUUCACCUGCUCCUUCCACAGACUGUCCCUGGCUUCGCUGUGUUCCUGUGGGACAACCAACCCAACCCCAGUAGCUGACUGACAACAACCAACCAGCCCAACAGACUACUGUUUUCUAAUUUCCUAUCGGCUGCCUGCCACAGCUUCCCCCCCAUCCUGACUGGCUCUGGCGGGAGUGUGGAUGGAGCCAAGGGAUCUGGUUGGCUCAGCCCGACCCAAAGAGGCGGACCUUCAGGGAGGUAGGGUGGGGCCAAAUGGAGACGACCAAGAAGGAGCAGCGGGCAUAGGGUUGGCGCACAAUGAUGACGUGAUUAACGGAGCCAUCAGCGAAGGGGAGGGGCUAGAGGAGCAGGGGGAGGGGCUUAUGGAGGAACAGGAGUUCUCCAUCAAGGAAGCGAGUUUCCAGGAAGGAAGCCUGAAGCUGAAGAUACAAACCACCAAGCGCACCAAGAAGCCCCCAAAGAGCCUAGAGAACUACAUUUGCCCACCGGAGAUCAGGAUGACCAUCAGACCCCCAGUUGGAGAGGGCAAAGGGGGGCGGCAGGGGCGAACGGGAGGCGGAGCUGGAUUAGGGCGGGGCCCGAAGGAUGAAGAACGAGGACCCCCGAGAAAAAGGACAUACGAGCGCCAGUUCAGGAUGCCAGAGCAGAGAGAGGGAGGCCUGCUGCAACUACUGGGAGAUCACACUCCGCCCAAACACCAGCUUCGCAGCUCCCUUCUUCCUGCGCACACACUCUCACACACGCAGCAAACACAGCACACCCUCACACAAAAAUUCCAACACACUCAUGCACACCAAAUCAGUUCAGACUGGAGCACGUCUACAGCACCUUCUGCAUCCCCAGCCCAUCCUGCAGAUUCUGAGCCAGCCAGAGAUUUGGCAGGAGCCAGUAGGAGCUCUGUGCUAGAUCCAACCCAACCUUUCUCACGAACAACAACACAAAGUCCCUCACCACAGAGAUCCCUGACUCCAGACCUGCAGCUGCCAGUGGUUACUGAUGCCAGUAUUCUCAACCUGACCUCUCUCAGCAGGGGGAGGGGUUUGCAAGAGGUCAGUGAACAGCUCUUUGGGAACAUUAAAAGGAAGUACGGCAGGAAGGAUUCCCAGAGGAUGCUCUCCAACCCCCACGGUGCUGAUACACACUGGGGAAGACACCCAGAGAAAGGAUCGGAAAGCCCAACGAAUUCAGAGGAGAGGCAAAAGUACAGGCACGAGGACACAACCGAGCGUUUCCAUGAGGAAAGAGAUGAAAGGAGAAAGGAGGACAGAGAGCGAACGACUGCUGGGAGGAAAGGAGAUGAAGAAGACAGAGGAAUGCCCAUGCUGGCAGAGGAAGGGAAAGGAAGAAAGAGACGGAGAAGGCCUUCCUUUGAUGGGUCAUUUUCUGUAGAGGAACAAUCACAGCAGCGGACUCUGGCCUCUGAUACUACAGAAAUGCACCAGUCUGGGCCCCCAGAACCCAAAGUAGCACACAAGAUAGAGACUCACAAAAAUGAUCCCCGACUCACAAGUCAGGCAGAUGUCAGUGGAGAGAGGAUAGAAAAAGCUGAGCGAACAGAUAAAGGAGAUAAAAGAGAAAAGGGAGAAAGGGUUGACAGGACGGAGAGAGGGGAGUCGGUUACGAGUGGGGCUGAGCAACAGUCAGAUCUGAGUACAAAUAGAAUGAAAAAGAACCCUGUGGGUCGUCCUAGAAUUGGCACAGACAUCCUUAAACUCAGAGAUCACAUCAACAAACCCAGUUUUAACACGACCAGACUCCCUAGUCCUAACCCCAGCCCCAGCCCCAGGGGUAGCAUUAGUCCUAUCCCCAGUCCUAAACCCAGGGCCAAUAUUAGCCCCAGUCCAAGCCCCAGACCUAGGGCGGACCUGAGUCUCAGCCCUAGCAACAGCACCAGCUCCACAACCAGUUCUAGGCCCACCAAGGCCAAUGACAGGUGGUCGUACCUGAAAGCGAAAAGCCAUGCCAGUCUCACAUCACCCCAGAGAGACAACCUGGGUAGCCCCCCGACCUUAGCCGAACCACCCUCUGCUUUCCCAAUCACACCCUCCAGCCCGCUUUACACCAACACUGAUAGCCUAACCGUCCAUACACCCGUCAAGAGGAAACGGGGACGGCCCAAGAAACAGCCACUCCUGACAGUGGAGACUAUUCAUGAGGGCACCUCCACCUCGCCUCCAAGCCCACUGGCACAGGAAACCACUGCAGGGCUAAGCCGUAGGAGGAAGACACACACACUAAACACCUUGGUACAAAUGACCUCUCCAACAACCAACGCCAGUUCUAACAGUCUCAAAGUCAAACGUGGGAGAGGCCAUUCCAGGCCAGUGAAUAAGAUGAAACUUGGGAAAAUGCAGAGCAUCCUGAAUGAGAUCCUCUCAGGAUCCAGUCAGAAUGGCACUCUGGCUCUUAAGUCGUCUUCUGUCCCUGUUACCUCAGCUAUGAGUGCCAUGGCGUCCACUAUCGAGGCUCGGUUGGGAAAACAGAUAAAUGUCAGCAAGAGAGGAACCAUCUACAUUGGUAAGAAGAGAGGGCGGAAACCCAGAGCAGAAACCCAAGGCUCAAACCCUCCCAAAACCACUAGGGAAAAGCCACCAAUGUCUAUCUCUGCCUCCAGUCUCUAUGAGAACCCUGUAGUGCCUUCCACCACUUCAUCUCCCAGUUCAUGUGCGCCAUCUUUAAGAGCCAGUCACUCUGAUGCCGCUAUGCCCAGUUUACAGCCCAUCUCCGCUCUGCCAUCCAAACCACCAGGCAGGAGCUUUCUCUCUGCGGGAUGGAAACUGUCUCCCCCACGCCUUCUGGCUAAUUCGCCGUCCCACCUGUCAGAGGGGGCAUCAGUGAAGGAGGUGACCUUGUCCCCAAUCAGCGAGUCCCACAGUGAGGAGACAAUUCCCAGUGACAGUGGGAUUGGGACAGACAACAACAGCACCUCAGAUCAAACUGAGAAGGGUCACGCCUCGAGACGCAGGUACUCAUUUGACCUGUGCGGGUUUGAGGCUGCGGAGGCAGCAGCUCUGGAGGCAUCCAACAGGGGCGCGAGAACACGCUGUGAACGGCAAGUGACGACCGUGGACAACUUUCUGUCACAGCAAGAAAAGAAGCAAAAGCAUCAUCGGCGGAAGAGGAAGUGCCUACAGAGCCGGGAUCAGCUUCACUUUCUCUCUGAACUGGAGGAGGUCGUAUUAAAGCUCCAACAGCUACGGGUGUCUCACAGGCGAUUCACCUGCUACCCUCAGCAUCCAUACCCUUCCAUUUUCCGCCUGAACUUCCAUCAUUACUACCCCAUUACCUACGACUCCUACCCCUGUGACUCCAGUUCAUACCUCCGCAGGAGUGCCGAUCUGAAGGCUAAGAGGAGACGCGGCCGUCCAGCUAAAGCCAGCGAGCCAAUCACAUCGAAGCUGCCUUUUGUUCAAGGAUAUAGUUAUCCGCUGGCAGGGGGAAAUUACUAUGCAGCACCGUAUGCGAUGCCUUACGCACCUCCUCUGAGUCUGGGCUAUUUUCCUCCUGCUCCCCCAUUUUACCUGCCCCACCACUCGCUAGGACCUGCUCCUCCAUCCCCCUUCAUGAGGCCUGCUGUCCCCCCUCCCAAGGGUUUCCUCUCCAGUGGACACUCAAAACUCCAGCCAGGGGCCAAGCUUCGCAGCACUAACGGACCCCUCCAGGGGCCCACAGUCAGAACAGAGGGCCUGGGGUCCGUAGGAACUGGCAGUACUGGUGGUCUUGCAGGGGUUCGUCUCCAUAAGAGGAAGCACAAGCAUAAACAUAAGCACAAAGAUGAACCCCUCCUUUCACCACGAGACCGGCAGGAGUUGGGUGGACUUUUCAGUGGAGCUAAGACCAGUGCACGCCUCAGCAUGCUGAGUGAGAGGAGGGACUUGUCCAGUCAGGGCUCCUCUAAGCAUCUGGAGAAGCAGAGGGGCAAUGGUAGAGGCUCAAGCCUGGGAUCCAGCUUAGGGAUUUUUGAGUCGGACCAGCUGUCCACACAUUCUCUUGCUAACAGUCAGUUCCACUCCCGUCAAACUGGGCAGCCAAUAAAGAGCUUCAUGGGCAGCUACAGUAGCCAAUCGCAGUGGUCGGAGUCAGCUCCUGAUCUCUUUUUGGGGUCACGGGAGGACGAGUGUGGUGGGAGGAGCAGGAGGACGAGGCUCACUGUGUUUGGAGAUCAGGGCUUAAUGUCAUUCCAAACAGCCAGGCAGGAGCCGGGCCAAAUGAAGCAGUGCUCCAGUCCAUCCCUCACUGGUGUUCCCAGUAAGAGGAGGUAUAAACGUCGCGAGGUGGAACAGAUCCAAAAAGACGUUAGGAGGAUGCAUUCUUUGAACUUUGAGCAUGUUCAGAAGAUCCUCCGUGCUAAGCGCCUACAGCGACAAGCCAAAACGGGAAACAAUGUCAUCAAACGGCGGCCUGGACGGCCCCGAAAACAACCCCUGGAGCAAUCAGAGCAGACCAAUAGGAUGGAGGGAGUUUGGGCCGAUGGUCGAGGUUUGGACAUGUUGGCCAGUCGGAGGGGUGAUGGGAGGACUCUGGGGAUGCCUGUCCUGGAGAGGUGUGAUAACCUGCCAGGUAGGCAGAGCCUCAGGCCGAGCUUGUCCCCCGAGCCUCUGGAGUUCUCCAAUCACGAUUCCAUCUCAGCAACUAUUGAGACCGUGGUGCAUCAAGCGCGGUCUCUGCCUCCCCAGGCUAAAGGGGGGAAGCGCAGAGGCAGGGGCCACGCCACGGACGACUUGUGGGCUCCUACCAGUCAAUAGAGCUGCUGGAGGAAGCAACUCCACAACCGAAUGGAGAGCAGUUAACAGAGCCAGUGCUGUUUCAAGCCUAACAGAUGCAGUGCCCUUAAUUUUGGGACUCCUCGGUGCACUUUGACUUGUUUCUUCUCUCGAAUUUGUUGGGAGGAAUACAGUGGGUCGGUGGUCGAGCCGGAGGAGGGAACACUUCUGGUGUCGCCCCUCUUUUUGCUAAACCCAACCAGACAUGAGCCUUUCAAAGAUUCAUUGGACCUUCAUUUACAAUGGCACUAUAUGGUACUAUUUGAUACUGAACCUGAUGCUAUAAAAGGUGUGUGGUACUUACGAUAGUGUAGGAUAUUAUGUGAUUCUUUAUGUAUCUGAUACAGUGAUGUGUAUGGUACUUUAUGAUACUGUAUCUGAAUGUGGCUUUAGCCAUAUAUUUACCAGCAAGGGGAGGGGGAACGGUUAAUAUAAAACUGUGCAGCUCUGCUUAUUUUUGCCUUUCUGUGGAAGCUUGUCAAAGACGUGUGGGAUAAUACAUCAGUAAUUAAGCCACCUUGCCCUAAUACUUAUUCCUGUUUUUUGUCCCGUUCAUUUGUACCUACCUAGUGUUCUUGCUCUCUCUGAGAAGUAACUGAUACUUCCUGGCAGCUCCUCACCUGUGAUCCCCCUCCCUGUUAGACACUCAACCCAGUUCUUUAGCCCUCCCUGGUGCCUGCCGCUCAACUCCAUUUCCCUUUGUUCUCUCAUUAACUCCUACUAAUGUUUUACGUGUCCUAUUGCUUCAGCUCCCCCAAACUGCGCCCUGUGUCAUUUAUUUCUCCCUCCCUGCUCAGGCCUCUUCUGGGCAGUGACAUAAAGGCAAUAUGGUGGAUGAGACUGUCCCAGACUGUACAUAGAAACAAAAAUCCACUGUUAGCUGCCUUGUACAAUGGGAAACCAGCUCAUAGAUGUGUACUGGCAUACAGUAUAUUAAAUAGAAUUGUUGUACCAUAGACAAUGAAAGUGUGUAUUGUUUUAUAACCAAAAACAAACAUGGGUGUGACUCAAGACAAGUUUGUUUUCAGACAGAGAGAACCACAUGUAUUCAUUCAUUCACUCAUUAUUGUGUUUUUAUCCAGGGGGCAUUGCAUACAGGAGGAAUAUCAGGUGUGUUUUUGGAAAACCUUUAAAUUGGUUUAAUGCACUAUUGAAGAAAAAAAAAGAAAAGAAAAAAAAAGAAACAUACACUUGCAUCAAUCAAAUGCAGCACUUAACAUGCUUGUUCCAGCCUUAUGUUUUGGCAUCUGAUGGUAUGGAUAUCCAUUCCAGAAAGCAUGCGUUAUUUUAAUCAAUUUGUAUAUGCAGGCCGCGCAGCCAAAAGCGUUAAAAACAAAGCCCGAGUCUGAAUCGAGAUUGGACAGUUCAGCUGAAGAGGGCUCACAGUCAGUCAGUGUUUUGAAAAGCUAAUCCCACCCUUUCUAAGUAACAUGAUUUUCAAUUCCGCAUCGUCGGGGAAAUAUUUUUGGAACGUAAAUUCAGUAUUUAGAUUUAGAAACCAAAGUCUCAGUAUUCAGUGUCAGGAUGUAUUAUUUUGAAGUACCUAAAAUCAGAGUUUGACAAACUCUCCACCAUGUUGGCACCAAUGUAAAGCAUUCCUAUGUGCACUGUAGAAUGUAGCCAUCGUUUAUUUUGUGUGUGUGUCAAUAUGUUAAGCCUUUGUUAAACUCUAUCUACAGUAUCUGUGGCUUUGGGUAGUGGUUGGUAUUUUCUUGAAUAAGUAUUUCAGAAUAUAAGCAAUGCAUCAGUGUUUCUUUGUUGGAGUUCUGUGUCAGGAGAUUCUGUUUUCUUUGGGCGGGGUGGGAUUCUCAGUUGCAGCAGUUCAACUUGUGCCUUAUGUUUCUUUCUCUCACCAAUUGCAUUUGACCUGAGAAAUAUGAAGUGGCAAAGAGUGCCCCGAAAAGUGACUCAAAAUGUCCAUGAUUGUGCAUAUGACGCAUGUGUCUUAGUCAUCCGAACCCCGACACUACCUGUGUCCCUUCACAGCUUCCAUCGUCAGCAUCCUCUGUCACCAGACACUGGGUUUUGAUUCCCAGCUUCCUCCUUAGUUUUCUGACCCAUAUCAUCAAUACAGAUCUAGAAGACUCGUGAAGAUAUCGUAUUACUGUGUUAAAUACGCAUUGUAUGCUGACCUACAAACUGCUGCGGCCACAGCAGUGGAAACAGAAAGGUCCACUGUGUCCGAUGUGUUUCUAUCCAGUGGUAUCGAUUGUAUUCAGCGUCUUAUAGACCACUCACUCUGCCCAGUGCUUAAUGAGUUAACUGGCUCUACGCUCGGCAAAGGAGGAACAGAGGAAGUUGUCAUGGAAACCACAUUUUCAUACAUUGUUGUUUGCUAUGCAUCAGGCCAAGCCUGGCAAUGACCUUAAAAGGAAUUUCUGUUCUGGGUCCACCCUUCGACAAAGAGAAAUAAGUGGUCUUAUUUACUGAAUAAAAUGAAUUCAUGUAACAAGAAUUGUGAAUAAUACCAGUAAUAAUUUGUAAUAAGUUGUGCAGAAAGUGACUAUCAUUUCAUGAAGACUAUAGUUACUGCAGCUCUUUGCAGUACAGCCUUAACCAGAUGUAAAACCACAGUAUUAACGUGUGUGUUGUAAAUAGUGUUAGUAUGUCCAUCCUGCAUGGGUACCAGUUGGGCUCAGCUAUGUUGGGACCGUCUCCUAAAGCAACAGCAGAACUUCUCUCUCUGUCAAGACUGCUCAAGGCCCCCCCCCUACCCAAAGUGACUUUCACAUUUGACAAAUUCUACUGUACAUUAACAUUCGUAGUAACAGCCCAUUAAACUAAGCAGAAUGCGAAAAUUAAUUUGCCUUACCACACUUUUAAAAGUUCUUAGGGCCCUGCUGUAGUGUGCUCGACCAAAAAUAGGAAUCCCGGCUGACUUGUAGCUAUGAAGCAAAAAGGCGUUGGGGGAGUUCUCAGAGGAAAUAGCCAAAAAUACACUUGUUAGUGUGCUUAACCUUGCUUUGUUAGAUGACUUUCGAUGGGUCUGCAGUCUGCUGUGGUGAACAGGAGGUCUAGAUACGUGGGCCGUGAGGUGUAGAGACUACAUACUUGGCAGCUUUCUCCUCCAUACUGUGGUCGGUCAGCGGUCUCUGAUGCUAGAGUUAAAGACCCCAAGUGUUGUCUGUCCUGUCUGUCUCUCCUACCAGCCAAUGCUCCGGUGCCUUCUAACACUGACAAGUAUUGUCCUAAUCCAGAGCUUUCACUCUACACAGAGAUUGCAGAGAGGAUGUGGUUGUGAAUAGGGUUCAAGGUCACUGUUGUAACGUGUUUAGCAGCCAGUCUGGCCCCGUGGCCACAGGAGGCCCCGAGACACUGAUGUGAGGGUCUUUUACCUUGUCUGUUCUAGCACCAAGGGCAGCUCAGCAGUGUUUCACCCUGCGUUAGUGUCUGGGGGCGUGUCGCGCGUAGUCCACAUUUACCACGUCAACACAGCAACUACGAUGAGAGAUAACGGCACCUAAAUUUUGUUGGGCCCCUGAACUCCCCGUGUAGCAUGCUGCGAUGAGUGUCCUACACAUGGAGUGAGGGGGUCACGUGAAACAGAGCCUCAUAAAUGUACAUGUAGUCAUCCUCACAGCAUAUGUUACCGUUCUAAGCUAUAAUGUUGUUCAAAGCUGAAAGUGCAGAUGAAGCAUUGAGAAAACCAAUAAAUGUACUUCUUUAGAGCACAACGUGAGCUCUUCUAACAGUGUGGGCAUAUUUUAGUUUGUAUACAUAGUGUAUUUGAACCUUUUUCUAGAGUGGGUUUCCUUAAUUUGCAUGCUCAACUUGAUUGUAUGCAUAAAUAUUUUAGACAAGCUGAAAGUUGAAUUUCAAUUGAAUUUGAAGCAAGACUUGUACAUUGUUUGAUAUGUUUCUUUUUGUAAUGAAUUUUUUAAUUCAUGAAGCAUUUUUGUACAUUGUAUGAAUAUUAAAAACUGCAAAUAUUUGACAUAUAGAGUAAAUACUAGAUGCGCAUGCAUAUGCAUAUAUCCUUCACAGUAUGUAUGUGUAAAUGUGCACAUAUAUUUUGUAUUUGCAUUUGCUGGCAUACAGAUAUAUGUCUUAAGCACAUAUAUACAUGUAAUAUAUAUGUAUAUCCAUGUCUGCUGGCAUGCUUUUGGUCAUGUUUAUCUUUCAUGAUCUUGUAGGUUAUUUUUUUUUGUUUUUUAUCAUUUCUCUUUCCUCAAAAAGAAAGGCUCAUUCUUUUGCUACCCCUUUUGUUGGCUGGCAGCAUUGAGCACUUAUUAAGAAGAACUACAGUUGAAGUUGUUCAUGUUAUCCAUUGUGUGAAAUAAUAAAUGACUUUAUUGACAGCU